GAAGCUGAAGACAUGCUUUUCUCACCCGAAGGGCUGCUGGGAUCUAGUGAGGAGCCUAGACAGGAUGCGAGUCAUGAAAGCUUGGAAGAGGAUGACCAGAAGCUGUCUUCUGAAAUGCCUUUUCUGAAUAUGGAUUUAGAUGGUGAGGGGGAGCAGACUGGUGCUCCUCAUGAGGAGUUUGGGGUGCUUGAAGCAAGCAAGGAUGAGCAUCUUGUGGAAUUGAGGGACAGAAAGAACAACCUGCUGAAUAUGGUGUGCUGCUCCCUUGUCAAUAAGAGCUGUACCCCGGGCCAGAAAGACUGGGAUAAGAAGAGGAGUGUGUGGGCCAUUAUUAAGAUUCUGGCCACAGAGAUUACCACAGAAGACUCUGAGUUUCUCCUAAAGGUUGCAGUCUAUACUAGGCAGGAACUAAACAUUCGUAUCACAGCCAACUUCCUGCUGGCACUGGCGGCCCAUCUGCCUGGUUCUAAGCCACACUUGAGAAGAUACUUUUGUGCUGCUGUACAGCUGCCAUCUGAUUGGCUGGAGGUGACAAGAAUCUAUAGCACGUGUUUCAGUAAAUCUUUACCCUCCUGCCUGAAAAAAGCUUUAGCAGAUAAAUUUAAGCAGUUCACUGAAUAUCAGCUGGCCAAAUACAAUACACGGAAGCAUCGCUGCAAACACAACAAGAAACGAAAAAAAGGAGAGAAAAUCUCUGCUGCACAGUGGAAAAUGUGGGGUGACCUUGUCAGAGUUGAUGACUCCAUUCUCAAAAAAUAUUUGGAGAGCCAGAAUCGUACUGCAAAGGAUAAAAAACAGAGUGAAUUCAGCCUCAAGAAAAUGAUAAUGCGCCUUCACAUCAAAGAACCUGCAGAACAUGUCAUGGCCAUUCUGGGAAAGAAAUACCCGAGUGAUCUGAAGGCCUUCUCUCGCAGUGGUCUUAGUGGGGAUUGGGAGAGAGAGAGAGCUGGAAAGCCAAUGAAACUUAAGCAGCCCGACACGUGGGAAUGCAAACUUAGUCAGGAGGGAAACAAAGCUGCCACCUGGGAGAAACUCAUCGAUGGAAAGUCUCUUCCUUUUAUGGCAAUGCUGAGGAACCUGAGGAACAUGAUCUCUGUGGGCAUCAGUGAGAAACAUCAUACUAAGAUCCUCAACAGACUGACCUCGAAGAAUGCUGUAAUCCAGAGCAGGCAGUUUCCUUUCCGUUUCCUGUCUGCAUAUAAAGUCAUUUUGGAGCUCAGUAAAUUUGCUGGUGGGCCUGCGGUCGAGGUGCCAAGCUCCAGGGAGAUCCUGCAAGGGGUUCUUAAGAAAUUCCCGAAGAGCAAACGAUUCCGACGAUACAAAUGGGAAACAACCGCACGCAAGAGACUGAGGAUUACAAUGAGAGUUCCCUUCGUCUACCGCAUAUUCAAUAUCAAACGCAAUCUCCUGAAAAAAGCAAAUUAGAGGCUGUACACUCAGGAGCUUCUGAACAAGUACUGCUGUGCUUUGGAGAAAGCUGUGCAGAUCUCCUGCAAGUAUAACAUCCCGCCUCUCCCUGGACGCACUCUUGUGAUCUGUAAGGCUGAUAUUUCAGAGGGUCGGAACUGGAGUGGUGCUGAUGAUGUCUGCUUGCCCCCUGAAAGCACCGAAGACAUUGAUGAGAAUAAACUCUCAGCAUCGGUACAGGAAGCUACAAUGCUUUUAUGCAUGAUGAUUAACUACUGUAGCGAAGAUUCCCGAGUCAUGCUACAUAGACAUGAAGGUCUCCAGGAGGUCAAGCUGAAGUCUGACAUCAUUUUUGAUAAUGUGAGACAAGCAGUGAAGCAAGUGGAGGAUUUGAAUGAUGACAAUGUACAAUCUGAAUUUAUGUCUCCUGCAACACUGUUCACUAAGCUAACUGAAGAGAAAACAAAGAUGGAUCGUAUAGUUGUGUUUGAAAAUGAAUACACCGACAGUUAUUUAAUGGCGGAUAUCAAUAACUAUCGGCAAGAUAUCAACCGUGAUGCUGUUGUGAUAGAUGUGCUGCUCGGAAACAUGUCUCCAAAUGAAAAUUUGAAAUACAAACCGAGUUCCAACAUUAUAGAGCUUUGGGGGUUUAGCGAGCAGAUCCUGAAGUUUGUCUCAGAGAGAGGCUCCUCGAGGAUGCUGCAGCAUGUGGAGCACAUGGACAGAGUCUAUAACAUCCCGCCACCACAGGGGCGCAAAACUGAACCUGAGCGAGCUGCUGAUGUCAUCUCACUGCCAGCAACACCAAAGUUCAAAUGGAAGGGUGUGAGAGUGUUCAUCUCUUCUACGUUCAGGGACAUGCAUGCGGAGAGGGAUGUUCUUGUGCGUAGCGUGUUUCCCGAGCUCAGGAGACGAGCCGCUCUGCACUACCUCUACCUGCAGGAAGUGGAGCUGCGCUGGGGCGUCACAGAGGAGGAGUCUAACCGUGCUGUGGAGCUCUGUCUGUCGGAGGUCUGCCGCAGCCAGCUGCUGCUCGGGAUUCUGGGAGAGAGAUACGGCCUUGUGCCGCCCCGCCCCACCCUACCUGAGCUUCCUCAAUACAGCUGGCUGAACUCUGCGCCUGAUGGGUUAUCCAUCACUGAAAUGGAGAUUCGACAGUUUCAAGCUCUGUAUCCAGACUCUGCCCAGAGCCGCAUGUUCUUCUACUUCAGAUCACCUCGUCUCGCCAGUUCGGUGCCAGUGGCAUGGAGGACAGACUUUGUGGCAGAAUCCAAAGAAGCUGAAGCUAAAAUGAACAGCCUGAAAACAUGGAUCCGGAACAACGACUUCAAAGUGGCAGAAAAUUAUCCCUGUGAAUGGGGUGAGGUGGUGGAUGGAAAGCCCUAUCUGAAAGGCCUGGAGGACUUUGGGAAGGCGGCGCUGGAGGAUAUCUGGGAAGUCAUACAGCAGCUCUUUGUGGAGGAGACAGAUGAAGAUGUGGCCUCAGAGAUUAAGGAACAGGAAGUGCAUCAGGAUGCCCAACAGCGGCAGUUUCACGGCAGGGCAAAGCUUAUUUCUAUGGCAACAGCAAAAGUUCAAGAAUGUCAGCAAAAAGGAGGAAUUCUGAUGGUUGAAGGAAAUCCUGGAGAGGGCAAAACUGUGUUCAUUGCUGCCCUGGCCCAGGCACUCAAAACCUCUGUCAAAAACAAGAAAGCCCCUCUGUGUGAUGUCAUAUGCUAUUCCACAGAUGCUAGCCAGUCAGCUUGCAGUAUUGUGCAGCUUCUUCGCUGUCUUGUUCAAUGGCUGAGGAAAAGAAAAGACGAUGUAGAGUUGCCUCCAAACACAUAUUAUAAAGACUUGUUGUCGGAGUUCCACUUGAACUUGAAUGAGUUUAACAAAAAGAAGCCACUGGCAUUGCUUGUUGAUGGGGCGGACCAUAUCCAUGACGGUCGAGGUCAAAGGGUGUCAGAAUGGAUCCCACAGCACAUCCCUAAAGGGGUCUGUUUGGUCCUGUGUGUUACUUCAGAUUCAUCCCUACAAAACACUCUUAGCAAAAGUAAAGGUACUGUGUCAUUUCCACUGGGGCAAUUAUCUUUACCUGACAAGAAAGAGAUUGUGCAGAAGCAGCUUGUUGAGUUUGGAAAGAAACUGAGCGAUUCUGCUUUCAAUAACCAGCUUCAGACACUGCUGAUGAAGAAAGGCUCUGUGAGUCCACUCUACCUCUGUUUGGCUUGUGAGGAGCUUAAGAAUUAUGCCUCCUUUGAGAAGAUGAAGGACAGCCUCCAGUCUCUUCCUCAGUCUCUUGGUGAGCUGGUGCAGCACAGUCUGCUGAGGCUGCAGAAUCAAUAUUGCAGAGCAGGACUGGGAUGGGCAUUAGCUACACUUGCCAUCAGCUUCACCGGACUGCGGGAGAGUUCUCUUUACACUAUACUGAACAUGUGCAAUGAUUUAAACUCCAGAGGUGGGCUGGUGACAUGGCAGGAAAUUCUCCAUAUAGCGAGGCAUCCAGAGAGCCGUGUUCCCAUGGCAGUAUUCUCUCAGCUGGCACGAACUUUGCACAGCCUAAUUGGACCGUCCCAUGGUCAGGGCUCAGACGACCUCCUGAUUUUGACCCAUCCAGAGGUGAAGUCAGCCUUUGAACGUCUGUAUCUGUCUACUGAGGAGAGUAGAACCAGAAGUCAUCUGAUAAUUGCAGCUCACCUUUGGGUGCAGUCAAAUCCUCAGGGCAAGGACACAUUUCUUCACUCUGAUGCUGAUAUUCUGUCUCAACUCCCUGCACACCUGAUGGGCAGUAAUCAGUGGGAGACUUUGUGUUUUCUGCUGUCCAGUUACUGCUUCCUCUAUGCUAAUGUGCGGCAUGGACUUAUUCACCAACUUCUGGAGACCUACAUUUUGUUUGCCCUAAAAUAUGAGACCCAUCAGCUGCAAUCCAAAACAUCAGCUGAUAACAUGAAGGAUUUUGAAGACUGUCUGAGUUUUCUGAAGCGUCACAGCCUUCUCUUCUCCCAGUGGCCUGCUCUCUUUGUACAAACAGCUCUUAAUGAACCUUGUGACAGCUCUGCCCAUUUGUGGGCAGAAAGCAUGACAAGAAAUGGAGGAGUACAUACUGUAAAAUGGCUAAACCAAACAGAUGCAGUACCAAAAGAAGCCAGUGAGCUGGUUUCCACCUUCCACUCUGAGCCGAGUUGUGUGGUGGUGAGUCCUAAUGGAAAACUUGUAGCAGUAGGAACCGGAGACGGAACAAUUCACUUCCUGCAUACAGAGACUGGACAGGAAGUGAAGUCAUUGAUGAGCAGUGGUGAUGGCAUCUCCGGUUGCAUCUUUCUUGGGGAGGAGCUUCUGGCAACAACCUCGUUUGAUGGGCAGGUGGAGGUGUGGGAUGUUGCGAGUGGUUGCAGAACUGCCCAUGUAAAUGCUCACUCCAGCAAGAUCACAGGAUGUGAUGUCAGUCCAGACAGAAAAUUCUUUGCUACUAUCUCACUAGACUUAAACUUGAAGGUGUGGUCAGUGCAGAAGAGCACAGAGGUGGCUUCUCUCAUGAAUCCCUCCCCCCUGAACUGUGUGAACUUUGACCUUGAGGGUCAGCUCGUGGCAGUGGGAUGCUGGGAUGGAGCCGUUCGUUUGUGGAACUGGCUUGAACAGAAAAACGUUACGACUCUGUUAGGUCAUCAGAGUUCAGUGCGGAGUCUGUCUUUCUCUCCCUGCUCCUCCAUGUUGUGCUCAGGCUGUCUGUCAGGAGAAGUGCGGCUCUGGUCAGUGGCAGCAGCUGCUUGUGUGGGCAGUUAUCAUGCUCACCGCGGCUCCACGCAGUCACUAAACUUCCUGCAGGGAGGAAACCUCUUGCUGAGCGCUGGACAUGACAGUGUGGUUCAUGUAUGGUCUGGUGGUCUUGGGCAAACUGUUGCUGUACUGGGAGAAGAAAAGAUGAUGUUAUUUAAUCAUCAUUUGCAGACACCAACAUUGCAACAACAAAAACAUGCCAGAGCCAGGCAUAGAAAUGAAGAUGAAGCUAAUGCUCUGUGUGUGGCUGUAGCCGGUGGAUACACUGCUGUGGGCUACCAUGGAGGUGGUAUCAAAAUGUUCAAAUUUAAAUCAGGAGAGAAGGUUUGGUCCAGUGAGGACCUCCUGGUGUCCAUGCUCUGCCUCAUGUGGAUGGAGGUCAAAGAAACAGAGCUGCUGCUGUCGGGGGCCAUGGAUCACCGUCUCAGGGUCUGGGAAAGGCAAGGAGAAAAUCCAGAAAAUCUUGUGUUGGUAGGAUCUUUUGGCGUGCAGAAGGGACCUAUUCUCGCCCUGGCUCAAAACUCCACCUGUGUGGCUUCUUACAAAACCUCUCUCUCACCUCAGCUCAGCUGCUCCAGUGACUGUAAGCUGCGGAUGUGGGAUAUCCAGACAGGACGUUUGUUGAGAGAGAUCCUCUCUAGUUCAUCUCUGAGCACAUUGUGCUGUUGGGAGGAUCAUGUAAUGGCAGGCUCUACAGACGGACUGCUGAUGGUUUGGAAGUGGGAAUCAGGGGUAGAAAUCACCAGGAUCCAGGCCCACAAGUCACGUCUCCAUCACUGCACUGUUGUCUCUCAGCCAGAUCUGGAAAAGAAUUUAAAACCGAAAGAUUUACUAGUAGCUUCAGCAUCAGAAGAGGGAACGGUUAAACUCUGGCAUCCACUGCAGGUACAGCAUCACAACACUCUGCAUGGGCACAGUGCAGAAAUCCAGUCUUUAGUGUGCAAAAAGGCCGGACUGCCGGAGUUUCUCACUGUCUCAGCUGAUCGUUCCCUCAGGUCAUGGAGCGUCACCACAGCAAUGGAAACCCCUCACUGCCAGAAAGGCAUUGUCAGAGCUGUGUGCUUCCUGGGUACUGAUGAUCUCAUGGUGUGUGGUUAUGACACAGGCAGAUUGGAGAUAUGGCUUCAGAAUUCAAUAGUUUACUGUAAGAAGGUCAGUGAUGGCAGCUUAUGUGCAGUCACUGAGAUGCCGGACGAUGAGCUGGCGGUGGGUUGCAGCAACUGCUCUGUCUGUAUCUGGAAGCUGGAGCGGGAUGUCAAGAAGUGCAUUGUGGGACUCGGUAAGGUGUCUUCAUUCAAAGUGAAGUCUCCUAUGAGCUUUUUGUUCUACUGUGGCAGUCUGUUUGGAGUAUGUACGGAUGGAAAAAUCAUUGAUGUGGUCUCUACUAAAGACGAGAUCAGAGAAGUUUUUACCUGGGCAAACGAGGUAUAUCCUCUCGGCGUCAUGGUGAAUGAUAGCAAGAGCUUUUGGCUGUUGGGUCAGAAACAGGGCGUUCUGUACAUUGGCCUCAUUUUGUCUGUGAAUUCGAGUGGGUCUGACAUAACCUUUUGUGAAGAUGCAGUGGGCCAGAGGCCGGAUUACUUAGAGGAAGAGGAGGAAAGAGAUGAGAAAAUGGAGGAGCGGCGGCAGCAGGAGGAGAAGGAGAAGCAGCAGCCGGAGGAGGGGGAACAGCAGCAGGAGGAAGAACAGCGGCAGCAGCAGGAGCAGGAGGAGGAAGUGGAAGAGCAGCAGCAGCAGGAGGAAGAGGAGCCGAAGAAACUGAGUGAGGAACUGCGGAGGGAGAGGCAAAUUGCAAUCCAGAGGGCUGCGCAGAUCAGCACCUGGAUCACAGCCGCAGCAGUGCAGAACGACUUUUUUGUGUGUGGUGAUUGUAAAGGGAACAUGUGGUUUAACCAGCCUCCUAAUCUGUCCACCUGGACUCAAAGAAGACCGGCACACACAGACAAAGUGAGUGUACUGCGGCUUACAGAGAGCCUCAUCAUCUCAGCGUCUCAUGACAGAACCGUCAAACUGUGGGACAGACGAACUAAGAAACAGGUGGGCAUGUUUGUGUGUGGAGGCCCUGUCAAGGUUCUGGAGGUGAACCCAUGUAACCCCAAGAAAUUUGUUUGCAGUGAUACGCAGGGUCAGCUGUACUUCCUGUUUUGGAAAGGUUGAUUUCCUGAACAUCAGUCAAAGGACACAGUCACUUGUUGCAUGCCAUUAUUAUACAUUAUUCGUAAUCUUUCAUCUUUUUUACCAUCAGUUGUAAUGUUGCAUUCUGCACAUUUUCAUUUUAUUUUACGUGCAUGAAGCAUCUUGCACUAAUGAUACUAUUGCCUUAAACUAAUCCAUGAUAUGAUGAAUAUUUGUGUUGAUUUCAUUAUAUAAAUUUGACAGCCACUUGA